AUAUGGACCAACCAACUUCUUGCCUUUCCCAUGUCUUGAUAUUUCCCUUUCCUGUACAGGGCCAUGUUAACUGUAUGCUCAAGUUAGCACAACUACUCUGUCGGGAAGGCUUGCACGUUACAUUUCUUAACUCAGAUUUUAUUCAUCGACGUCUCCUAAGUUACACUAAUAUUCAUUUAAGUUACAAGCAGUAUCCUAAUUUAUACUUUGAAACAAUUCCUGAUGGGCUUCCCGAUGAUCAUCCGAGAACUGGUGACCGUGUUGUGGACCUAUUUAAUUCCAUUGACACAGUAACUAAACCACGAUUUAUGGAGAUGCUCAUUGCUCGUCGAUUUAGUAUACUUGACAGGCCACCUCUUACAUGCAUAAUUGCCGAUGGAAUAAUGUGCUUUACAAUAGAUAUUGGAAGAGAACUUAACAUUCCAACUAUACUUUUUAGAACAAUCAGUGCUAGUUGCUUCUGGGCAUUUUUCUGCCUUCCGCGACUCAUUGAAGCAGGGGAACUUCCAAUAACCGGACAAAGUGACAUGGAUACACUACUCACCAAUGUCGUGGGCAUGGAGACCUUUCUACGGCUUCGCGACCUUCCUAGUUUUUGCCGCGCAAGUGAUCUUACUGACCGUGGUCUUCAACUGGUCAUUUCAGCAACUCAACUUACAAAGAGCGCACACGGGCUUAUUCUCAACACUUUUGAAGAACUUGAAGGACCAGCACUAGCCCAAAUAACCAACAACAUUUCCAAACUCUACACAAUCGGACCACUCCACGUGCAACUAAAAGCCAGAGUAGCUACCAAUAUUAAGCUAACAUGUACAUCUUCGAGCAGUCUUUGGGAAGAAGAUAGAAGUUGUAUAGUUUGGCUUGACCAGCAACCAUUCAAAUCAGUGAUAUAUGUUAGUUUUGGGAGCAUGACAGUGCUGACAAGAGACCAAUUUAUGGAAUUUUUGCAUGGAUUUGUGAACAGUGGAAAGCCUUUCUUGUGGGUUGUAAGGCCAAAAUCCGUAGCUGAAGACUAUCAAAUUCCAGAGGAGUUAUUAGAGGGUACAAGACAAAGGGGAUAUAUCGUCGAAUGGGCACCACAAGAGGAAGUCCUAGCGCAUCCUGCUAUUGGAGGAUUCUUGACUCAUAGUGGUUGGAAUUCGACGUUGGAGAGCAUAUAUGAGGGAGUUCCAAUGAUAUGCUGGCCAUUUUAUGCAGAUCAACAAGUCAAUAGUAGGCUUGUAGGGGAGGUUUGGAAGAUUGGAUUGGACAUGAAGGACACUUGUGACAGAGUCAUAAUUGAAAAUAUGGUGAAGGAUUUAAUAGAGACUAGAAAGGAUGAGUUCGCAAAAUCUGCCCGCCUGAUGACAAAAUUGGCGAGGAAAUCAGUGAGUGAAAAUGGAUCAUCUUACUGUAACUUAGAUCGUUUGAUCAAGGACAUAAAAUUGAUGAGGAAUGGAAACUAGAUGUAGGUUAGUUUAAGAAAUCAUCCUUAGAUGUAUAAGCAUUGCUUGAUAAUUUCGGAGAAUGAAGAGGAAUUCCUCUCUAUCCUCAUUAAUCUUCAAUAUCACAUACUCAUU